ACUCCCAGAGCCAGCGAUGAGACAAGCUGCUGCUGCUGCUGGGCCCGCGCCUUCUCAUCACCGCGUUUGCCCGGCUCCUAACUCCAGAUCCCGAUCCCCAGCUCGUCCAUGGCUCAAGGCCACGUGGAGCUUGUCCCGCUGCUGCUGCUGCUGUGUCCGUGAACAGAAUGUCCCAGAAGUCCUGGAUAGAGAAUACUUUUACCAAGAGGGAAUGUGUUUACAUAAUUCCAAGCUCAAAAGACCCACACAGAUGCUUACCAGGAUGUCAGAUUUGCCAGCAAUUGGUCAGGUGUUGUUGUGGCCGCCUCGUCCGGCAGCAUCUUGGCUUCACUGCAAGCCUGGCAAUGAAGUAUUCCGAUGUAAAAUUGGGUGAGACUGAAAACUUGGAGAAAGAGGAGUGGUCAGUGGAAAAACAUACUAAUGAGAGUCCGACAGAUGCUUAUGGAGUUAUUAACUUUCAGGGAGGGUCGCAUUCUUACAGGGCUAAGUAUGCGCGACUGUCCUAUGACACAAAGCCUGAAGCUAUUUUAAGACUAAUGCUGAAAGAAUGGCAAAUGGAAUUACCUAAACUUGUCAUCUCCGUACAUGGAGGAAUGCAAAACUUUGAACUUCAUCCACGCAUUAAGCAGGUUGUUGGAAAAGGCUUAAUCAAAGCAGCUGUGACCACAGGAGCCUGGAUUCUAACUGGAGGAGUGAAUGCAGGUGUUGUGAAGCAUGUUGGUGAUGCACUGAAAGAACACAUUUCACGUUCAUCUCGGAAGAUUUGCACAAUUGGAAUUUCCCCUUGGGGUGUGAUUGAAAAUAGGAAUGAUCUUAUUGGAAGAGAUGUUAUCACCCCAUACCAGACAUUACUGAACCCUCUGAGUAAGCUGAAUGUUCUAAACAGUUUGCAUUCCCACUUUAUUUUGGUUGAUGAUGGAACAGUUGGGAAAUAUGGUGCUGAAGUAAGGCUUCGGAGGGAGCUGGAAAAACACAUCAGUCUUCAGAAGAUUCAUGCAAGAAUUGGCCAAGGUGUGCCAGUUGUUGCUUUGAUAUUUGAAGGUGGCCCUAAUGUAAUCCCCACUGUGUUGGAAUAUCUUCUGGAGAACCCCCCAGUUCCUGUUGUGGUGUGUGAAGGAACAGGUCGGGCUGCAGAUCUCCUGGCCUACAUGCAUAAACAGACUGAGGAGGGAGGAAUACUUCCAGAUGGUUUGGAAUUGGAAAUUCUCACAACAAUCAAAAAAACUUUCAACUUUAGCCAAAGUGAGGCCCAUCAUCUAUUCCAGACUCUGAUGGAAUGUAUGAAGGCGAGGGAACUUAUAACUGUUUAUCACAUUGGAGCUGAGGAGCACCAAGACAUAGAUGUGGCCAUCCUGACAGCACUGUUAAAGGGUACUAAUUCAUCUGCAUUUGAUCAGCUGAUCUUGACUCUUGCCUGGGACAGAGUGGACAUUGCUAAGAACCAUGCAUUUGUUUACGGGCAGCAGUGGCUGGUGGGAUCACUGGAGCAGGCAAUGUUAGAUGCACUUGUUAUGGACCGAGUGGAAUUUGUGAAACUUCUCAUUGAGAAUGGAGUUAGCAUGCACAAGUUCCUUACAAUCCCUAGGCUUGAAGAACUGUACAACACGAAGCAAGGUCCAACCAAUCCAACAUUACUUCAUCUCGUGCGAGAUGUUAAGCAGGGGAACCUCCCUUCAGAUUAUAAAAUCACUUUGAUUGAUGUGGGCCUUGUCAUCGAAUACCUAAUGGGUGGAACUUAUCGAUGUACAUACACAAAGAAACGUUUCCGAAUUAUCUACAAUAAUCUACAUGGAAAUAAUAGGCGAUCUGGACGGCAUUCAUCAAGUAGUAUACCUCAAUUGCGUAAGCAUCAGGAGUCUCUGACCAAUCGAGCAGAUAAAAAAGAGAAGACUCGACAUAAUCACUUCAUUAAAACUGCACAGCCUUACAAACCCAAGCCUGAAUCCUCUGUUGAUCAGGGGAAGAAAAAGAGAACCAAAGAUGAGGUUGUGGACAUUGAUGAUCCAGAGACUAAGCGUUUUCCGUAUCCUUUCAACGAGCUGCUCGUCUGGGCUGUAUUAAUGAAAAGGCAGAAAAUGGCCAUGUUUUUCUGGCAGCAUGGAGAAGAGUCCAUGGCCAAGGCUUUAGUUGCAUGUAAACUAAAUCGAUCUAUGUCUUGUGAGGCAAAACAGAGUGAUGUGGUUGAUGAUACUUCUGAAGAACUCAAACAGUCUUCCAGUGAAUUUGGUCAAUUAGCAGUUGAUUUACUGGAUCAGUCCUUCAGACAAGAUGAAACUAUGGCCAUGAAGUUGCUGACUUAUGAAUUGAAAAACUGGAGCAACGCGACCUGCCUCAAAUUAGCUGUUCAUUCAAGACUUCGCCCAUUUGUAGCGCACACAUGCACCCAAAUGCUGCUGUCAGACAUGUGGAUGGGAAGACUGAAUAUGAGGAAAAAUUCAUGGUACAAGGUUAUUCUUAGUAUUCUGUUCCCUCCUGCUAUUCUCAUGCUGGAAUUUAAAACUAAGGCUGAAAUGUCUCAUAUUCCUCAAACUGAAGAUGCUCAUCAAAUGAACAUGGAAGACAGUGAACAUAAUUUUCAGAGCCCAAUUGAUCAAAUCUCAAUGGAAGUCUUCAAAGAAGAAGGAAUCUAUGACCAUGAAGUGAAACAUGAGGAUACAGUUCACAUUAAACCAAGGAGGCUGCCUCUUACUAGAAAAUUUUACUCUUUCUACCAUGCACCCAUUGCAAAGUUUUGGUUUAACACAUUGGCAUAUUUGGGAUUUCUCAUGCUGUACACCUAUGUUGUUCUGGUGGAAAUGGAGAAUUUACCGUCAGUGCAAGAAUGGAUUGUGAUUUCCUUCAUUUUUACCUUAGCCAUCGAGAAAAUUAGAGAGAUCUUCAUGUCAGAAGCUGGAAAGAUAAGUCAGAAGAUCAAAGUUUAUUUCAGUGACUAUUUCAACAUCACUGACACGCUCGCAAUUGUCUUGUUUUUUGUUGGUUUGGGGCUAAGAUUUGGAACUAAGCAAGUGAUGACUGCUGGGCGGAUAAUGUACUGCCUCAAUAUUAUAUUUUGGUAUGUGCGACUUUUGGAUUUCCUAGCCGUCAAUCAGCAUGCAGGGCCAUAUGUCACAAUGAUAGGUAAAAUGGUGGCAAACAUGUUUUAUAUUGUGGUUAUUAUGGCAGUGGUCUUACUCAGCUUUGGCGUUCCAAGGAAAGCAAUCCUUUACCCAGCCGAGUCUGCAUCCUGGGAACUAGCUAGAGAUAUAGUCUUCCAGCCUUAUUGGAUGAUAUAUGGUGAAGUAUAUGCAUAUGAAAUUGAUCCCUGUGCCAAUAACACUGAAGAUGGUGCAAAGCAGCGUUGUGUCAUUGGAUCAUGGAUAACGCCAUUUUUACAAGCUGUCUACCUCUUUGUACAGUAUAUCCUCAUGGUGAAUCUUCUAAUUGCAUUUUUUAACAAUGUGUAUUUCCAAGUGAAGGCCAUUUCAAACAUUGUGUGGAAAUAUCAACGGUACCACUUUAUCAUGGCAUAUCAUGAAAAACCUGUUCUCCCACCACCCCUCAUCAUUCUCAGUCACUUCGCUUUAUUGAUCUCUCGUGUUUGCCGAAGAGGAAGAAAACAUGAUCGAGGGCAAGGAGGCCCAAAACUGUUUGUAAGUGAGGAUGAUCAGAAAAAAUUGCAUGACUUUGAAGAGCAAUGUGUGGAGAAGUACUUCCAUGAGAAAGAGGAUCGUUUUCAUUCUGGGAGUGAAGAACGCAUUCGGCUGACUUCAGAAAGAGUUGAAAAUAUGUCCAUCCAGUUAAAAGAAGUAGGUGACCGUGUAAAUUAUAUAAAGCGUUCAUUACAAACGUUGGAUGGCCAGAUUGGGCACUUGCAGGACCUGUCUGCCCUUACAGUGGAUACUUUGAAAGCACUGACUGCUCAGAAAGCUUCAGAAGCCACAAAGAUGCACAAUGAAAUUACUCGCGAGCUGAGCAUUUCAAGAAAUCUGGGAGAUAAUCUUUCAGAUGCUCCAGUUAAAACUUCUCUUAAAAAGAAGCACAGCAUUGGAACAUAUUUGGGCUCCUCUUUUUCUCAGCGAGGGAUGGACACUGGUGAUUCUGUAUGUGCUGAUGGUUCUCUUCAAGAUUACAUUAAUGUUUCCCAAAGAGAGAUGUUAUGCAGGAAGUAUGGCCCAGAUUUUCUUCCCGGCUCACAGAGGAAUGAACUGAAUGUUCAAGAGGCUGGUUCCUCGGUCUGUGCCUUAUUACAAAAUGCGGCAUCUCCCUCUGAACUUCACAUGGGGCUGGGGAAGACCCAAUCUCUGACCAGUGAUCAAAAACCAGGAAAGUCAUUCCACAGCAUACCAAAUCUCUCGUCCCCAGCUGCCAAAUUUUUUGUUAGUACCCCAUCUCAACCAAGUGGUACAAGCCAACUGGAGCUUGUAGCUGACUCAGUCGACACAGUUAAAACUGGUAUAGAUGCCGAUGGCAGUUCUGUUGAAUUUGGGGCAUUUGUUGGUAAGUAUAGUGAAGUUGUUUGUGCUUUACCUGAAGACAUUUGCUGCUGUCCUUCUCAUCCUGCUUGCAGCUUCUGUUGCCACGCUAGCACCACAGCUUGCUUUGAAACUGAAGGAUAUCUCAACCACGCAUUCAUUGACACUGAGAGUAGCACAGACACUGACUACAGUCAUGACCGAAGCACUGAAUAUAGUCCGAGCACUACGCAUUACUUUGAGAACGACUAUGAAAAGAGAGAACCUCUGCGCACAGGAGACUUUACUUCGGCCAUCAUAUCCAGUAAAGAAACCUAUGAACAAUCCAGAAAAGGUCAAAGAGAUUUGGACAGUCACUUCAUACAGGCUAUCGAAUUACGAGGUCAACAUAUUAAUAUUGGGAACUGUUCAGGACUGCUGAAUGAUCUGUGGAACAAAACCAAAAUGAGAGGCCACAAGGACAACCUGGAACUCCCAAAGUCAGGGACAAGGGAAGCAAUAAAGUCGAAAGAGCAGAAAUCAACGAAGGGAGUUGUUCAUGAUUUGGGAGUUCAUCGUGGUGAUCGUCAUUUGAGAGCUGUGAAUUCUUACGCUGGAUUUGCUGACCUUCGUGGCAAUCAUUUGACUUCAGGGGCACCUGUUCAGGCAGUUUCUUUGCAAGAUAGAACUCUUAAAGACUGGAUCAGGGCGUCAGCUGAAGAUGUAACAUUUCAUCGAGAGGAUUCAAAGGCUUCCCUGCUGAACCGUCUUGAAGACAGACAAAUUGCAACCAGUUGUCAAAUGGCUGUUGGUGAAGAUGCCUUAAAUGCACAACACUUUUACAAUCCUCAUCAAUCUCAUCCAAGACACAAGAAGAUGGGAGUGAUUGGAUCUCCUUUCAAGCCUGUACUGGAUGUCAAUUACUAUUACUCAGCUGUUGAGAGGAAUAAUUUGAUGAGGCUUUCUCAGAGCAUUCCAUUUACUCCCCUCCCAAACAGAGGUGAACCUGUGACUAUAUAUAGGCUGGAGGAGAGCUCACCAAUCAGUCUCAACAAUAGCAUGUCAUCCUGGUCCCAACAAGGACGAUGUGCCAAGAUUGAGUUCUUAAGUAAAGAAGAAAUGGGAGGGGGAUUGAGGCGAGCUUUAAAAGUGGAAUGCACGUGGGCAGAGUUCGAUAUUCUGAAACCAGGUCAACUGUAUAUUGUGAAGUCUUUUCUUCCUGAAGUUGUGAAUACAUGGAAAAGAAUCUACAAGGAAGAUACUGUAUUACAUCUGUGUUUGAAGGAGAUCCAGCAGCAACGAGCUGCACAGAAACUUGCUUUUGCCUUCAAUCAAAUGAAACCAAAGACCAUUCCAUAUUCCCCAAGAUUCCUGGAAGUGUUCCUUCUGUACUGUCACUCAGCAAGCCAAUGGUUUGCAAUUGAGGAGUGUAUGACUGGAGAAUUCCGGAAAUUCAAUCAUAACAGCGGAGAUGAGAUCCGUCCAAACAACAUGCUGGAGGAGACCAUGCUUGCCUUUAGUCACUGGACCUAUGAGUACACUCGAGGUGAACUAUUGGUUCUGGACCUGCAGGGUGUUGGGGAGAAUUUGACUGAUCCUUCAGUAAUAAAAUCAGAAGAGAAACAGUCACAUGACAUGGUAUUUGGACCUGCAAAUUUGGGAGAAGAUGCAGUUAAAAACUUUAGAACAAAACAUCGUUGUAAUUCGUGCUGCGGAAGGCUCAAACUUCCUGAUAUCAGGCGAAAUGAUUAUACACCAGACAAAAUGAUUUUGUCUCAAGAUGGAGUGGAAGUUGCAAUCCAGUCUGGCAGUGGUACCAAAGAUGUAAGAAAUUCAAUCCGCUUGAUGAUUUAGGAGCACGGUACAGGGAGGAGUGCCUCCAGUUGGAUACUUGAAAAUGCUAAUGUUACCUGUUAGUGGGUCAGAAGGAGUUUUGUGGAUGGAACUUUGAAAUCUAACUUUGGAUGGUACAUUGAGAUAAAAUGGUAACAGAUUUUGUGGCAUAUCUCUAGUUUUGUGUCAUGUGUUGACAGUACAAUGGAAAUGUUAAUUGACUAUUUUGUACCUGUCUUUGCUUAAGAUUCCAGCAGUGACACAAGCAGUAUAUGCUGACAUUGUUAAUGACCAGUAGUGAUCAGAUAGCAAUAGAAGAAAGAUACAUUUCACAGAAGUAAUUAAAAUCUAUAAAAAGCAAAAUUAAAUGAAGUGUCAACAUUUUAAACAAAUGUCCGAUUUUUAAGUCUUCAUGCAUUUUAAUUUUUUAAUCAAUUUAUUAAGAAAAGCCAUGUAAACUGGUAAAACUCAGCCGCAUAAUGUGCAAAUAAUAUUUAUUCAAACCAUAGUUACCUACAAAAAAAUCCUUGUUGUAUGUUUUGUCUGACAAUCAGACAGGUUUUAAUAGGCCGAUCAAUUAAAAAGAAUGCUAAAUAUCUGAUCAUUGUCCAACCAGCAGUGUCAAAAGAAUGUUCUGGUGACCUGAUUUUUAAUGAAUUUCAAUUGUGUAGACACUUUGAUGUAAUACUAGUAUUGUGGUACAUGCAGAUUGAAUUUAAAAGAAAAAGUAUUGAAAUCCUUGUAAAUAUGGUAAUGGGCAGAUUGCAAUCUAUCUUUAUGCAAACAAAUGAGACCCAAAUCUGUUGAAUUGUCAACAAGAAGAUGCUCUGUCUACCUUAAAUAUUUAUGUAAAUGGUAGCACUUGGGCAACUUUUCUAUGUUACAAAGAGGUACUAUUGUCAUUUUUAAAAAGGGUGUUUAUAUGAAGAACUGUAUAAUUUUUAAUCUAAUGUAUCUUAUAGAUACUAUUCUUAAGGCACGAAUACAACUUGUAAUAAAAUAUGACAGUGGUUUUACAAAGGCUGGAUGGUGCAAACCAAGAGUUAGCGGGAUCAUGCUGCAUAGAUUUUGUACAUUUAAUCUAAUAAAAGAUUUUUGAAAUAAA